GCCUACCGAGACGGUAUACGAGAAGGCCUAGAUCUGUUGCUCGUAGCAGCAAGAAGCACCUUAAACCAAUAAACGUGUGUAUCAAAGUGAUCAUACCCCAAAGAUAAGCACGAAAAUAUAUAUUACCAUCUUGGAUACCGGUUUGAAGUGUUUGUUCGUAGUGUUUAGUGUCUUAUUUGUGUUAACGAACUUUAAGCUAAAGCGAAAACAAUUGUGCAUGUAACCAAAGUAACCUAAGAAACAGUAGGUUUUUUAAUGUCCAGCAACAAUAAUACGCUUGUAAAAAGUGUUCUCUACUUUUCCUAUUAAUUCGCAACUGAAGAGGAAGAGGCCUUUUUUCCAACCCAAAUAAUGCAACCAUUUUGUGGAUAAAUUACGCACAUUCUAGUGUCCUGUGAAUGUUCCGGUUACUAGGCUUUCUUCGGUGGCGCUGCCUAAUUGAUCGUUGUGUUUGUGUUCCGACGUUGUCAUCGCUCUAGGCAACGGCACAACUGUAACCGGUGUUGCGUGCCAAACAAAACAAGAGAGAAACAAACUACAAAUGCACGUGCUAUCCCCUAGCUGACGACGAAAAGGUUCUCCAAUCAAGACCAGUUGUCUUUUGAAAAUCGGCUCUGAGCGCAUCAGCAAGUAAAAUACUUGUCCUCCUAGCUUUUCCCAAGUCCAAGCAGAGUGUUAAAGAAAAAAAUAAAACAACUGUAAAACGUAAAGGUCGACACGAAUUGGUAAAGGAUUUGUCCAACUCAACGGUGAGCUUUUUUGUGCACCGAGAUACUAAAGCGCAAGUAAACAAGAAAAGUGAAGUGAAGGCCUAGAUACGAAAAUCGAUUACAGUGCAGGAACCUGGAAAUUGCCGGAUAUUCCGAGAAGCCGAGCCGUACUUGUGGCUUGACAGCUCAAUUUGCAUCACCGGUGCGAGUCUGAAUCUGGCAGGAUAUUUCGGUGAAGUGAGUGAGUGUGCUCAGUCCAGGAUUGACUAGUGGACAGCGUUCCUGGUCUAUUACCCUACUAUCAACACAAAAAAAAAAACCCUUCGAUGCGCUGGAACGCUUUGCCCUGAGUGAUUCGACACCAGUUGGAGACAGAAAGUGCUGAUCGGCAACAAUUCACAACCAACGUACACCGAGACAAGGGCGGGCCAACGACCGAGACCACCGUCUCCGGCACGCAACGCAAGCAACCUGCUCAAUCAACUCGAAUUUGAUUUUAAAACCAAAAGAAAUCAGCUAGUCAGCAAACUUUAACACCCAGGCUGGUUGGAAAACGAGCGACGAGCGAUCGAAAUUUGAAGUCAUAACUACGGCAUCGAAAACUCCAAGCCACACGCAACGGACGGAAUGAGUUGGAUAUAGUCAGGCUGACAUUUUGCAAGAUAUCGCUUCGUGAGCAAAGCAAAGCAGGGAGAUAUACGAUAUACGAUAGCCGGAUAUACAGCUACAACGAAGAGGAGUACCACCUGUUAAGCAAUGGUUGUCCGGAGUGGGUCACCUCGGCCGGCGGGGCUUCGAGGGCCCGUGAAUAUCUGCAUGGUGGUGGUGGUGGUACUAUUGAUGCUAGAGGCUCAUGUUGGUGAUUGCUUCCUGACGAACUACCGUGGCAUUAGUGCGGACGGGUUCAGUAUCUGCCCGUCGGACAUGCGCAACUGCUCGUGCAAGUCGUACACGGGUUCGGAGAGCGAGAUCGACUGCCCAGAGACGGACCCGACGAUACAGCUGCGCAUUGAACCGCGACAGUACGCGGAGCUCAAGUGCCAGCGCAACCGGAGGUACGAGUUCGAUCAGAUCCCUCAGCUGGCGAUUGGUGCGACGAAGCGGCUGACGAUCGACGACUGUCCGUUUCCGCGCCAUCAGUCCAUUCUGCAGUUCGUGUCGUUCCUGGGCACGGCUCAGGUGAAGCUGCUGUGGCUGAAGAACAAUGCAAACCACGAGCAGAGCGCGUCACUCGUGAGGCACCAUUUCGAGGGUCUGGAGAGUCUCGACCGGCUCGCGAUCAGCAACGCCAAGCUGGCCGACAUCCGCGCCGAUCUGUUCGAGCACCUGCCCAACCUGACGUGGCUGGAUAUGCGCGACAACAUCUUCCAGCUGCCGGCCACCAUCUUCGACACUCUGCCACGGUUGCGCAUUCUCGAGCUCAGCUUCAACAGCAUGGAGGUGCUCGAUCCGCGGCUGCUGCGCAACCUAUCAAACCUACGGCUACUAACACUCUGGCAUAACAAACUGCGCAGCAUCAGCCGUGAAGCGUUCGAAGGUGUUCCGCUGCUGGAGCGGCUCGAUAUUUCCGCGAACCAGCUGGAAACGCUGCCCAGUGAUCUGUUUGCGCCGCUUACCAAGCUCUCCGAGCUGGCGCUAGGGUUCAACCACUUCCGGACGCUUCCGCAGGGACUCUUCCGCACGAACAAGGAGCUGCGGAAGCUCAAGCUAGCCUUUCAGCGUGUCGAGCUUGAUACACUACCGCACGAUCUGCUCCAGCAGCUUCCUGCGCUGGAGCAGGUGAUCCUGGAACGCAACGGGCUCACCAGUCUGCCGGGGACACUGUUGUACGGCUCAGCGAACGUUACCGAACUGAAUCUGGCCGGUAAUCGACUACGGGAGCUGCCGGAGGAUCUGUUACGCGAUCAGCGUAGCCUACGGGAGCUGAAGCUGCAAAACAACCAACUCGUCUCGCUACCGGACGGGCUGCUGAGGAACACGGAGGAACUGCGCUCACUACAUCUGUCACACAAUCAACUAGAGCGACUGUCAGGUUCCAUACUGCGCGCUCUGAACAAGCUUGAAGAGCUCUACCUGGACCACAACCAACUACAAACGAUCGACCAGCGUGCGUUCCAGAGCACUGGUGCACUCCACACACUGCACCUGCAGUCAAACCAGCUCUCGUUUGAAACGUUUACUGCCCUACCCAAGCUCGAGACGACAAUUGACGCAGCGGCAGCAGCCAUUGAAGCGGCUGCCAGCGCUGGCACAUCCGACGAGUUUGGUAUUUUCGUACAGGACGGUACACCAUUCCAGUACAUGCAUGCGCUGCGUGAGCUAGAUCUGUCGGACAACUUCCUCACAAGCGUACCGCGCGACCUGCUGGUUAAUACGCACGAGCUGCAGCGGCUCAAUCUGACCCGCAACAACAUCACCAGCCUCACGUACUCGAGUCUACAGUUCCUGGCGCAGGACAUCACGGUCGACCUGCGGCACAACAGCAUCUUCGAGAUCGACCUGGCCGACAUGGAACGCUUGGCACGGCUGGAGACGAGCGAUCCGAGCCGCGGCGAUGAAGCUGACAGAAGCACCAAGGCACGCAUACUGCUCAACGACAACCCACUGAACUGCAAUUGCAUCGUGUACGCGUUCGCCCGCUAUAUGCAGCGCCGAUUGAACAGCAGCUCGCUGUACGAGCGCGUCGAGCUGGUGGCUGACACGUUGGCCUGCGAGGGCCCGGAGCACCUGCACGGUAUGCUGAUCCGGGACGUGCCUACCCGGGAGUUGCUGUGCGAGCUGGACAGCCCAACGACCGCCAUCCGCCACUGCCCCGACGGUUGCAGCUGUCUCAUACGCCCAGCCGACUCGGGGGUUAUCGUGAACUGCAACAGCCUAGGGUUGAACCACGUACCUUCCCUCCCGCGGCCAACCUCGUUCGGCUAUCGGUUCAUCGAGCUGCACGUCGAGAACAACAACAUAAGCAGUCUGCCCAGCACGGGCCAAGGCGCCGGUGGCUGGAACGAUGUGCACGAGCUGUACGCGUCCAACAACUCCAUCGACAAGCUGCGGCUCGAUCAACUACCGGCCGGUCUGCGCGUCCUUGAUCUCACCCGCAACAAGCUGACCGGCUUGGACGGAACCGUCACCGAGGCGCUGACGAACCGCGCCGACAAGCUGCUGGCGCUACGGCUCGCACACAACGACUGGACCUGCCAGUGUGAGGCAUCGCAGUUUCUCACCUUCGCCCACGCCAACGCACGCAGCAUCGACGACUUUGGCCGGCUGCAGUGCGCCGACGGCCGCCAGCUCGACCAGACGACCCUCGGCGACCUUUGCACCGACCGUACCGGCUCGAUCGUACUGGCGUGCGUCCUCAUCUCGAUCGUCGCCUGUCUGCUCGCCCUGCUCUCCUUCGUCUACUACACGUACCAUCUCGAGCUGAAGGUGUGGCUGUUCAAGCACGGCAUCUGCCUAUGGCUGGUGGCUGAGGAGGAGCUCGACCGGGACAAGCUGUACGACGCCUUCGUAUCGUACUCGCACAAAGACGAGGCGUUCAUCACCGAGCACCUGGUCCCGACGCUCGAGCGCCCUCCGAUGAACUUCCGCAUCUGUUGGCACGUACGUGACUGGACACCGGGUGAAAUGAUCUCCUCACAGAUAUCGAGCUCGGUCGAGCAAUCCCGGCGCACCAUUAUCGUACUGUCCAGCAACUUUCUGGAAUCGCUCUGGGGCCAGCUGGAGUUCCGCACGGCGCACCUGCAGUCGAUGGCGGAACGGCGCAACCGGCUCAUCAUCGUGAUCUACGGCGACAUCGGCAACAUCGACGACCUCGAGCCGGAGCUGCGCGCAUAUCUGCACACGAACACCUACGUCCGGUGGGGCGACCCGUGGUUCUGGGACAAGGUACGCUUCGCCAUGCCGCAUCCGCCGAAGGUGCGAGGGGGGGCCGGCGGCGGCGGCGGAAGUGGAGCGAACGUCGUCAAGUCCGGUGUCAGCACCGCCGGCGGUCUGUUCAUGAAGCAACUGCAGCCAUCCGCCAACUCUACCGUCGACGAUAAGCUCGAACUUAUCAAACCGCAGAGCACGAUGGUACCGGCGACGCCGCCCGCACUCACCACACCCCCGACCGAGCCGAACGGUGCGAUUCCGGCCACCCCGAACGGGUCGGUGGGUCCGUUCAUCAUCAGCAACGGUCUCAGCAACGGCACACCGACGCAUCGGAUCGUUUCGCCACCCUACCGCACCAUCAACGGUGGCCAUAUCAACGGAGCGUUCAUGAUCAACACCAACGCGAAGCAGAGCGAUGUUUAAUAAAGGGCGAGCAAUUCAUCAUCAAGCAACCAUCGAACAUCAACGUCAGCCAGUAGUUCAUCUAACCAAAUCAAUCAUCUCAGCAAGAACCAAGCGUGAAAAUCUGAGACCCGGACGACCCGGAACGUCCUUUGGGAUGUGAGUCAAAAGCAGAUCAGAUCAAAGAACGGCGAACGGAUAAACGUAACCACCUAGAUAGACGAAUAGUGUCCUAGCACUCAAACAAACGAACAGACUGAUUAAGCGAAAACUCAUUCGCGCGAAGUAUCCUGCGUAAUCCUACCUUUCAGGAGGAUCGAGGAAAGAUCUAUAUGAGAUUAAGCUACCGUAAGGCAAUCGAUAGAGUAACACUGCGCAGUGCUCUCUACUACCAACCCAUCGCGUGGUACAGGACUGCAUCGAGUAGAACAUUGAUCUUGGGGGCAUGUGAUUGUGAAAGCGUUAGAAUCGAGCUCUCUCCAACACAAGGACCCCAACGACGCCACAGUCGGUUCUUUCUAGUUUGCGAAUUUAUGUGUUUUGAUCCAGGAUAGUCGGAACCCCUUCGCUCACCCGGACUUUCUUUUGCCGGUCGUUUUUAAUUUAAAUUUUCCACUAUGCUAGCGUGUAAGAAACUACUCAACACAAAGAAACCAAUGGUAGCAAGCAAGCGGGGCAGAUUAACGUUUAAGCGUAAACUCCAAAGCAUCCCUCUCUCCCCCUGGCGUGCCCAUUUUAUCCUCCUUCUCGCACAUUUUGAUAAUGGCUAACUGUGACAAAAAAAAAACAAAAAACCAGACGAGUGUGGAUUCGAUGGGCUUAUCAUAUUAGUUGGUUUGGUGCGAGUUGAACAAGGGGGCGUUGAAGGCUUGCGCCAAACGGGUUUAAGAAUGUUGCAUAGGGGGGAGGUGGGGGGGAUCUAAUUUUAACACUUGCAUGCCCUAUUCGUACUUAAAAAUUAAAUUUUUGCGUUUGAAUGUGAGAUCCUCUUCUUCCGAACAACAUAAACCGGCGUGAAUGUUUAGGAUCUAAUGGUGCACGAGUUAUAACUUAGUACCUUUUUUUUAAUGUUUGAGGUUUUGAGACGAUGUAAAAAACAAUAGGCAAAAACAGGCAGCUUGGAUUUAUUUUCCGUUUAUAAAAUGUAAGGUUUACGCCACUGAAUGCGUAUCGAGGAGGAAGAGA